AUGAAAUGUCUGUUUCUUCCUCAGCAUGAAACCAGAGUGUUGCGGGUUAAGGUCAUUGCGGGAAUUGAUCUCGCCAAGAAAGACAUAAUUGGAGCCAGCGACCCCUACGUCAAACUGUCCCUCUAUGUCACAGAUGAAACCCGAGAGCUCGCCCUCGUCCAGACAAAAACGAUAAAAAAGACUCUCAAUCCCAAAUGGAAUGAGGAAUUUUACUUCAGGGUGUGUCCGCAGAAUCACAGGCUUCUCUUUGAGGUGUUCGAUGAAAACAGAUUGACCAGAGAUGAUUUCCUGGGACAAGUGGAUGUUCCUCUUAGUCAUUUGCCGACAGAGGACCCCGCCAUGGAGCGCCCCUACACGUUUAAAGACUUCCUAUUGCGGCCUAGAAGUCACAAGUCCAGGGUGAAAGGUUACCUGCGCCUGAAAAUGGCUUACCUGCCCAAACAAGGAGGACAUGAGGACGAAGCUGGGGACAUGAGGGAGGAGGCAGAGCACGGUUGGGAUGAGUCGGCGGAUUCAGGCUCGCAGCGACCGCAGCAACUUCUCCCACCGUUGCCUCCUGGUUGGGAAGAAAAAGUGGACAACCUGGGACGUACCUACUACGUCAACCACAACAACCGAUCCACGCAGUGGAAACGGCCUUCCAACAUGGAUAUGAUUUCGGAAACGGAGAGUGACAAUCGCCAACGUCAGAUCCACCAGGAAGCACAUCGCGUCUUCCGUUCGAGACGCCACAUCAGCGAGGACCUGGAAAAUGAGCACAUGGAGCCACGUGAUGUUAUAGACACUUCCUGGGAACUGAUCACAGAGGAAGACCCUAAUGACAGCCUCGCCCAGUCCCAUCCUGGCACAUCCUCCAUGCUCACCCCACAGCCCCCGCCGACGCCCGUCUCCCAGGAGUUCGCCGACGAUUUAAGCUUGAGGCUGUCGUUCACCCCCGACGCCAACGGCGAAGUUCCCGGUCCUAGCUCGGUUCUGACCCAGCUGUCAAACCGACUGCGCUCUUCCAGUAUGACUGACGGUGUUAGCGAUCAGGCCCAGCCUCCUCCUCCAGCUACAGCGUUCAACCUGACCACCUUGGGCCUGCCCCCUGGAUGGGAGGAGCGGAAGGACACCAAAGGGAGAACUUAUUACGUCAACCAUAACAACCGCACCACUACCUGGACUAGGCCCAUUGUGCAGCUGACUGAAGAUGGUGCGAGCACGGCAGCGGCGUCAGGCGCAGCUCCCACACCUUCCCCUUCUUCCAAUGCUUCCUCUAAUGCCUCCAACAACCACCUCCAUGAGCCCCAAGUCCGACGACCUCGUAGUCUCAGCUCCCCUACUGUCACCCUGUCGACCCCCUUGGAGGGGGCCAGCAACAUCCAAGCAAGGCGUGCGGUGAAGGACACCUUCUCCAACCCUCAGUCACCACAACCGUCGCCCUACAGCUCUCCCAAAUCACAACAUAAGGCCCAGCAAAGCUUCCUACCGCCAGGCUGGGAGAUGAGGAUAGCUCCCAAUGGACGGCCUUUCUUCAUCGACCACAACAGCAGAACCACCACCUGGGAAGAUCCCAGGUUGAAGUAUCCGGUCCAUAUGCGAAAUAAGAACUCCAUGGAGCCCGGUGAACUUGGCCCACUUCCGCCCGGGUGGGAAGAGCGAAUUCACACGGACGGACGCACUUUCUACAUUGACCACAAUACAAAGAACACGCAGUGGGAGGACCCCCGCCUCCAGAGUCCUGCUAUAACUGGACCCGCUGUUCCAUAUUCUCGAGAGUUUAAGCAAAAAUACGACUACUUUCGGAAGAAGCUGAAGAAACCGGCUGACAUCCCGAACCGAUUCGAGAUGAAGCUGCACCGCAACAACAUCUUCGAGGAGUCCUAUCGUCGGAUCAUGUCGCUCAAGAAGCCCGACGUCCUGAAAGCGCGCCUGUGGAUCGAGUUCGAGUCGGAGAAGGGGUUGGACUAUGGCGGCGUGGCCCGCGAAUGGUUCUUCCUCCUGUCCAAGGAGAUGUUUAACCCCUACUACGGCCUCUUUGAAUACUCUGCCACCGACAACUACACCCUUCAGAUCAACCCCAACUCGGGUUUGUGCAACGAGGACCACCUGUCAUAUUUCAAGUUCAUCGGACGGGUAGCGGGAAUGGCUGUUUUUCACGGGAAGCUACUGGACGGCUUUUUCAUUCGGCCAUUCUACAAGAUGAUGCUGGGUAAACAGAUCUCCCUGAAGGACAUGGAGUCUGUGGACAGUGAAUAUUACAACUCUCUAAAGUGGAUCCUGGAGAACGAUCCCACGGAACUGGACUUGCGGUUUUGCAUCGAUGAGGACAACUUCGGACAGACAUACCAAGUGGACCUCAAACCAAGCGGCUCAGACUUGGUGGUCACCAACGACAACAAGAAGGAAUACAUCGAUUUGGUUAUCCAGUGGCGAUUUGUCAAUCGGGUGCAGAAGCAGAUGAACGCCUUCCUGGAGGGCUUCACCGAACUAAUCCAAAUAGAUCUGAUCAAGAUCUUUGACGAAAAUGAACUGGAGCUGCUCAUGUGCGGCCUGGGUGACGUUGACGUCAAUGACUGGCGGCAGCACACUGUUUACAAGAAUGGCUACUGUCCCAACCACCCGGUCAUCCAGUGGUUCUGGAAGGUUGUCCUGUUGAUGGAUGCCGAAAAGAGGAUCCGACUUCUUCAGUUCGUUACAGGAACGUCACGGGUGCCAAUGAAUGGCUUCGCUGAGCUAUAUGGUUCGAACGGACCUCAGUUGUUCACUAUUGAGCAGUGGGGAACGCCGGAUAAGCUGCCCAGAGCCCACACUUGUUUCAACCGCUUGGACCUUCCCACCUACGACUCAUUCGAAGACCUGCGGGAGAAGCUUCUCAUGGCCGUGGAGAACGCGCAGGGCUUUGAGGGAGUCGACUAA